AUGGAGGCUGAUGCGCAAACCUUCCCAGCGACUGCGGCAGACGGUGUAUCGCGACCCAGCUCGACGUCUACUCCAGAGUCAACAUCCUUAGCUCAGCAGACCUUUUCCAACAUCGCGUCGCUGGCCACAAGCCAUGCCAACGGCACUGCGGCAUCUUCCCCAGUAUCAAGAGAUACUUCAAUGCCCCAGCCUCCGCCGGCCAUGCACAUGGAGGGCUCUCCCGCCGCUACUAGUGGCGGACCGGGAGGUAUGCCUACGUGCCAAAACUGCGGCACCUCACGUACGCCUUUAUGGCGUCGCGACGAGUUUGGCUCUGUCCUAUGCAACGCAUGUGGUCUCUUUCUCAAGCUACAUGGCCGCCCGCGCCCUGCCUCUUUGAAGACAGAUGUUAUUAAGAGCCGUAAUCGCGUAAAGACUAUGCGCCCUGAUUUGGUAUCAAAGAAAAAGCAUCAAGCCCAAGGCUUCGGAAUGGUUGGCGAUGCGAAUGGUGCUGAGCAUGCCGCAGCCCAAGCCGCCGAGGCUAUGCGCCGCUCCAAGGCCAACGGAACCGACGGACUCGACUCAGCGCUUUCGCGUAAUGGCACCCCCUCGAUGUACAACAACUCCCUAUCGUCGUUCAUGGUGGAUGAUGCGACAUACCAGCAGGCUGUUUCUGGUUACAACGGUGACGCUCACAAUGGGUCGCCGCUGAGCGGAGACCGUGGUUCUGACGGACCUCAAACGCAAGAGCAACUCAUUGCGCACAAUUCAAGCCUCAAGACCCGUGUCAGCGAGCUGGAAGUGAUCAACGAGCUCUUCCGCGGCCGACUAAGCCAGCUGGAACAACAAGAGGCUGCCGCCAGACAUGGACAAGAGCUGGCCGGAGCUGAGCAGAGCCAACUGCGCACGCUACUGGAAAACACUCAAUUUAGCGAAGGGCAGCUUCGCGACCAGUUGGAAGACAGUCAUAGACGCGAAAACAACUUGAAGCGUCGCUUAGACGAAAUGGAGCUGGAGCUCAAGGCCGCCAAGGAAGCAGCUGGCGAAGAGGCAGAGCGUCCAACUAAGAAGUCUCGCGUGGAAUCAGCCGCUGCAGAACCUACAAGUGACGCUACGGAGGAAUUUAUCCCCGAAAAUGCUGAAGAGCCUACCACAGAGGCUCUCGGGGAGACAACCGAGGAGCAUGCGCCCGCGCCUGGGGCUGUUGAGGCUCUCGAGGCUUCCGCAUGA